AUGUAUAAUAAGAUAUGGUACCAGACCCAAGAAGCCCUCAACUCUUUGCUUGACAAAGAGUCUCAGAAGAUGAUGGAACCACAUAAAAACCAAGUUUUCAUCUUCGAAAUGUUAGCCACCUUCUACGUAAAGUACGUGCAGAUCUUCAGGAAGUUGGAGAAUGUCUACGACCAGAUUGUCCACCCGCAGAAACGGAUCCUGAUCCGGAAGAUGCUGGACGGCGUCAUGGGCCGUAUUCUGGAGCUGAAGAAUGAAAUGGUUGAAUUAGAAUUAACGGAGUUUCACUAUUUUGAUGACAUUUUACAGGAUCUGAAAUUGGCUCCUCAACAGUUGGAUAUCCCCAUUCCCAGGUACUUUUUGAAGGAGAAGUUGGAAGUCAUAAAAGAAAGAGAAAAGAUGCUUGCCCAAAUAUUAGCCGACAUUGGAUUAGAUAUUACGAGCAUGAAAACUGUGAGGAAGACCAUAACCCUGGAUGAGGCUGUUAAGGCCAUCCAGAUUGCCGAGCGGGCCCGGCAGGGCCGCCUGAGGGCCAUGUUCAUGAAGGAAAUCUACCUGCAGGAGUAUAGGGCCAAGCAGAGCAAGUUGUUGGGAGACAGAAUCCCGAAUAUGGCGGGCGCGGCGCUCUGCAUUCAGAAGGUUUGGAAAGCCUUUCAUCAAAACAGGAAAACCAACAAACAGAGAGAAGAAGAGAUGAUAUUUCUGGGCAUGAUCCCUCCACCCCACUUUGACCAAGUCAGUGCCAUGCUCAUCCAGGCCCAGCAGGUGAAAUCGCAGCGGAACGAGGUGCAGAUAAAGCGUGAGGAAGACUACAAGGAGGCCUUGGUCACCAUCAAGAAUGACCUGAAGCUGCUGGAGGGUCCAGACAUCAAGGAGAGCCUGCAGGACCAGAUCCGACACUGGUUCAUCGAAUGCAGGAAUUUAACAGGUGCAUUUCCUGACUACCCUAACAUAGAAGAAGGAGGCUCGGCGCUCAUCUUCUCCAACAAGACCCCACAGCAGGAGGAAGAUGACGGGUGGAAAAUGUCCCCAAGCCUUUUUCUUCAUGGGAUGGAAGAAGGAAAUAAAUUAUACCAAGAUAUCUGGAAGGACAAAGAUGAGUCUUGGAAUUUCCACCAGAACUAUGAUCCAGAACUGAUCAAAGAGGAGAAGCGGAAAGAACUAGAGUCUGAGAUCCGAGUACAGGUUGACGAGUUGAUGAGACAGGAACUAAAAAACCUAAAGCUUGCAGUGGACAGGGAAAAGGAAUCACCCGCCAAAGCACCAAGGAAAGGAGGAAAAAAGAAAACGAAAGGAAAGAAAGGCAAAAGGGGGAAAAAGGGGAAAAAGGACAAAGACCUGACAGCUAACAGGAGCAUCGAAUCGCUGUACAAGGAGCUCGUGGAGCAAGGACUGCUGAUACAAGCGCUCAAAGUCAACCUCUCCGAUUACAUUGGUGAGUACAGCUACCUGGGGACCACGCUUCGCCAGGUGGCCAUAGAGCCCAUGCCGUCCCUCCUGGAUGUCAGGCAACUCAUCACGCUGUACGGAAUCUUACCCUUAGGUUCUGCAACAGUGCACGAGAAAGCCCCGUUAGUGAAAUCCCUGCUGCUGGCUGGGCCCUCUGGGGUUGGGAAGAAAAUGCUGGUCCACGCCAUCUGUACUGAGACUGGAGCAAACCUCUUCAACCUGUCCGCGUCCAACAUCGCCGGGAAAUACCCAGGUCGGAGUGGUCUGCAGAUGAUGAUGCAUGUCGUCUUCAAGGUGGCUCGGCAGCUCCAGCCAUCCGUGGUGUGGAUCGGGGACACGGAGAAAACCUUCUACAAAAAAGUGCCCAGCAAUGAAAAGCAGAUGGAACCCAAACGCCUGAAAAACCAGCUCCCCAAAAUCCUGAAGCUCCUGAAACCAGACGAUCGGAUCCUGAUUGUGGGGACGACGCAGAGACCUUUCGAUGCGGAACUUCAGUCUUUUUGCAAAGUUUACCAAAAAAUCAUUUUGGUCCCUAGACCAGACUAUGCUUCCAGACAUGUUCUGUGGAAACAAAUCAUCCAGCGAAACGGAGGAGUCGUGACGAAUGCUCUGAACAUUAGCUGUCUGGCCAAAGUCACCGACGGCUUCACUCAGGGCCACAUCGUCCAGGUGGUCAGGAGUGUGCUCACGGAGCGACGAAUCUGGCAGCAGAGCCAGAAGCCUCUGAGUGCCGUGGAAUUCAUCUCUGCCAUCACCAGCCUCGACCCCGUGUACCGGGAGGAAGAGGACAGCUUCAAGGAGUGGUAUGCCAAAACUCCCCUGGGUAAAAAGAGAGCAUUGGCCCUAACUCGGGGGAGCAUGGAAAAUGGAAAGGAUAAAGGGAAAAAGAAAGAGAAAAAGGAGAAGAAGAAAAAGUAA